AGGGAUGGCUCAUCUGAGCGAGAGCAUCCUGCCGGGGAGGGCGCGCCCUGGGGAGGAGUGCGAGAGGCGCGUCCUCAGGGGGAGCCUGUCCUGGGCGAGAGAGCGUAGUGGGGGCGCGUCCUGGGGGCGGGCUCUCCGUGGCCCCAACCCCGUCUGGGCCCCGCCUCCGGGCGCCCCCAGCGCGCCCAGCCCGGACCCAGCCGAACCGCGCCGCAGCCGGCCAGCCAUGGAGACGCGAGUAGUGCUUUGGCGCCCUCAACUUCUCUCGCUGCUGCUGGUGUUGCUCUGCGGGGGAUGUACCCCAGUGGUGGGCUGCAACGAGACGCUCAUGCUGGAGAUGCUGCCCCGAUGCGGGAAGGCCUUCGCCGACAGGAUGCACGAGGUGGACGCCUGGAAGUGGUGCAACCUGUCAGAGUUCGUUGUGUACUACGACAGCUUCACCAACUGCACGGAGGAGGAGAGCACAAAGGUGGGAUGCUACUGGCCCAACCCCCUGGCCCAGGGCCUCAUCAUUGGCAUCCACAGGCAGUUCUUCUCCAACUGCACGGUGGACAGGCCCCACUGGGAGGACCCCUCGGACGAGGUUCUCAUCCCACUCGUCAUCGUGCCCGUCCUGCUGACCGUUGCCAUGGCGGGCCUGGUGGUAUGGCGCAGCAAACGCACUGACCAGCUGCUGUGAGGGCCCGGCGAGUCAGAGAGAGAUGACAGUUCCCAGGGGCUGGGAGAGCCUGUGGACACUGCUUUGGCCACCCCCACUAUGUCAUCGGUCCUGGGCAGACCUCACCCACUCGUGCUGCUCACCCAAGCUCUUCGCUCUUCCUUGGGCCAGUGGAAGAAAAUGUGCCGAGGCUGGAAAUUAUGUGCUUGGCACAAGUCGCUGCUGCUGGGCCCUCAGGGGUUUCUGGGCCAUUCUUUAGCACAGAGUCCUGCCUGGCCCCAGCCCAGGCCUGGCCCUGAGCCCACCUUUUUCCCUGACUCCAUCCCUGACCCCGUCUCCCAGCCUGACCCCACCCCUCACCCUGGCCCCGCUCUGGCCUGGUCAGCCCACUGCCACCUGAGCUGGGGGUGGAGGAAAAGAGAGGUGAAGGCUUUGUCGGUCCCUGCUACGCCAUCCCUGAGACCCCCUCGUGGACUGAGUCCUCCAGGCGUGUCCCUGGUUGAGAGGCCUGGGAGACUGAGGGUCGGGCCAUGCGCAGCCUGCAGACCUGCUGUCUGUGUCUGUGACCAGGGGCUGGAGUAGGGGUGGACCAGAGCUCCUCUGGGGGCGCGGGGCACCCAGCGCGAGGCUGGCUGUGCAUGGGCGCAGGCCACCUUCCCAGCUGGCGCCCCUGUGAGCAAGGUGCCCUUCCUGGUGGGGUCCCUUGUGCUCACGUGCUGGCUGGCCUCUGUGCGCCGCCUGUGCUUUCUCUGAGUAAAGAGUCAUCCAACUUC